CAUUGUCAGUUUUUGUGAUUUUUUGUCACUGACAAGCUGCAGCUGACAAGGUUGACAAGUUCUGAGCUGACAAGCUAGUUUAUUUGUCUCUGCUGACAAGUUCUAAGAAGUUCAUCACCUUACCUCUACUUGUAUUUUAUACCUAGUAUUUUUCAGGUGCAAUGGAGCAGCUUCGGCAAUGGAGGGAGAGCAAUGAGAGGAAAAGUGAAGAAAUCAUUGAAAUCUGGGAGAAAUCCUUGUGCAAUAAUAUUGACAAACUUGCAAAUGAUAAACACUUGAUACUGGAGCAGGUGAUAUAUGCAGCUCUAGACUGCCACAUGUACAGAGUGGCUACUGUAUGUCUCUUGAUGUUGUCAAAUGACUUCCCGGGCAGCCUCCGCGUCAUGAAGCUGAAGGCGACACUCCUCGAAGCGAAAGAGAAAUACGAUGAAGCCCUGGCCGUUCUUGACACUAUAAUCAAAACAGACGAAACAAACACUGGGGCUAGGAAGCGGCGGGUGGCCAUAUUAAAAGCUCAAGGUCUUAUCCCUGAAGCUAUUAAGGAAUUAGUUGAUUAUCUCAAGAAAUUCAUGUCCGACGUGGAAGGGUGGCAGGAGCUGUGCAGCUUGUACCUGCAAGUACAGGACUACUCGCGCGCGGUGUACUGUGCUGAGGAGCUGCUCAUUCAUCAGCCCCACAACCACCUGCACCACCAGCGACUCGCUGAGAUACGAUACACUAUGGGUGGCCUGGAAAAUAUGGAGUUGGCCAAAACAUAUUACUGCCACGCGUUGAAACUGAAUCCGGAAAAUACUAGAGCUUUACUUGGCCUGUUCUUGGUUACAAACAACCUGCUCAGCCAAUACAAGUCGUCUGGCAACAGUGCCAAGCGCAAGGAGACCUUCCGUCUGUGCCAGUGGGCGCAGGCGCGCACCGCCCAACGCACUGCCAAAGAAUCCGCAGCCCCACCGCUGGACCAGAUGAUGCUCAACCUCGCCAUCACGGAUUAAAUGGGUCAACGCACAGUACCGUGAGAACCACAAACAUUUGACAACACAGGAUGAUGGCACUACACUGGCGUAUUGGUCGAAAUAUUUACGCCUUUUGAACAAAGCAAUAUCGACUUUUUGUUUGUUAUGUACAAAGUUAUUUAGUUAGCCGAAUAUUCGUUCAAAUACGCCAAAUGUAGGUCCACCAAUGCACAACAUGUUUGCCAAUAUGCUGUUAUAGACAUUAGUUAUUGGCCAUCAUUUCAAAUGCAACUUGUAAUGUUUGUCAUUUAUACAAAGGUUAAUAAAUAGAUAUAUAUUGGCACAUAUAUUACCUAAUUGGCAAAUAGCAAGUUAGUACAUUUAUUCCAUUAUACCGGCCUCACACUACGUUAUGUCCAGUCGUAAUUGUCUCUUCUUGCACUUCUGGAAAAUACAUGAAAUUUAUUUACUGAAUAAUAAGUCUGUAUUUCUUCAGUGUUGCCACCAUGUUUGGGAAAUUAUGGGUUUGUGUUACGGAUUAUUUGUUAUUUUUAAGGAUAUUUAUUAAGUUAAAUUAAAUUAAUGUAUUCUAUAGAUUAAUUUAUGAGUUGUUUUAUUAUUUUUGGGUAAAAGUUUGUUACCACUGAGUUAAGGUUAUAUGUUCCAUUUUAUCCAAUUUAUUUUAUUAAAAAAAAAAAA